CGCGACAUGUGGCAACUCUUUUGCAGACGCCUUAAGUUCACGCGCAAAUCGUAGUUUUUUGUUUAAAUACACUUAUAUUUUAAGCUAUCAGCUAGCUGUAAGACUUGUUUUUAAAGUCAACGUUUUGCGUACUACAUUAGUGCCAGUUUCGCGAGAUAGUAACCGAGUAAUUUGGAUCUAAAAUGGCUUGGAUGCCGUCGACACGCUUUGAGAAUGAUCUCGUAGAUUCGCAGCCGGGCUGCAAUUUUGUGCUGGGCCAGAUGGCCUAUGAGAUAAAACGCGAGGCGGAGUACACCCCUCGUCCCCCAUGCACAUACAAGUACUUGGCGGCUCGCGACAAGCGCAACGCCGAGAUUGAUAUGCUGCACGGGCCGGCCAGCUCCAAGACCAAGGAGAUUCGCGACAGCCUGGCCAUGAUGGAGCGCAUACAACAGAUCGCCGGCACCAAGCCGCUGGGUGAGCACGCCACCAUGGCCGACUGGAACGAUACAAGCACCGUUGAGCGGGAGGCCGUUGCAAUGAUGCGCCACUAUGGCCUGAUGUCCAUGGGUGUUGAAUCGAUGGCCCCGCUACCGCCAAAGGAAGAGGGCUUGCCCAAGGGUCCGAUUCAUGUGCUUCGCAACGGCCAUCGGAAGUUGCCCUUGAUAACAGAUCCCGAAUACUUUCGGCCUCGCAAGACACGUCUGGCAAAGGAAACCCCCACAAGCAGUCCCUCGACAAGCUUCAACGAUUCUGGAUCGUUCCACACUGCCAACGACAUCUCUUUGGACAGCUUGUACGAAUCCGCCGCAUCGGAGGUGGAAACAACGUUAGACAGUCAAGAUGAUCCCGAUGUACCAUACGAACUACUGGAGGAGAUGACACUAGAACCGGAACAGAUCCCAGCAACAGGACCAAAGAAGCCAACAGGAACUGGAUCACGCAAGGUCGUAGCAACAGGGUCAACGAGGGCAACAGCAUCAGGGUCAAAGAAGGAAACAGAAACUGGAUCCAUACCAAAGAACAUGGGAAAUAAAUCGAAGAGGAUUACCCAAGAAGGGAGAACGUGGGACAGUUACCACAUCGGCGUCUGAGGCAGCGUUAACAUCUUUCCAUGGGAUUCCCAGAUAAAGAACUGAAAUGAAAAUUUUAGUGCAUUUUGUGUGCAUUUUACACACAAAACUGGAGUGCAUUGCACAUAUCCAGAUAUUCGAAUAGAAUAUUAUCUAUUAUAGCUAAACAUUUUAUAUUUUUUUUGAACUUUCUAAAUUUAACUCUAAAAAUAGGCAGAAAAUAUUCUAGAAAAAUGCAGUGAAAUGAAAGGGACUUAGAUAAGAUAAUAGUGUGUUAUGAAAACGUUUUAGAUUAUGACUCGGCAUGGCCCUAUCCAUUGUGAACACCAUGCAUAACCAUGAUGCAACUAUACAUACAUCCGGCGAGACCACCGUGUAUAAUCCCACCAUGGGUUUAACGGAAGAUGCAUCUCUCAUCCCUAAUGUGAUCCCCAUUUGCCAACAGUGGGAGUUGAAAGUUGUAAAAUUCGAGUGGAGUUCAUAAAUAAAAUAUAAUUAAUAAUGAUCA